AUGGCUUUCCCUCAGCUGGGGUACCCCCAGUUCCUCAACGCCGCCCACGAGGUGUACGCGGGCGAGCGACCGGCCUCUAGCCGGGAAGGAAGCGGCGAAAGCGGCGUCAGCUCGUCCGCUACAGCCGCCGCUGUCGGCUCCAUGCUGGGGAUGUACGGCAACCCGUGGGCGGCCCCCAACUACAGUGCCUUUCUGCCGUAUAGCGGAGCACCGGACCUCGCCCUCAUCUCUCAAAUGGGCUCCCAGUACGAACUAAAAGAUGGCCCCGGUUCCCACCCGGGCUCUUUACCCGUUCACGCUGCUCAAGGUUUCUACCCGUACGGACAGUAUCCCUACGGAGACCCGUCCAGAGCCAAAACCGCCACACGAGAGACGACCAGCACCCUGAAGGCCUGGCUCCAGGAGCACCAGAAAAACCCUUACCCGACUAAAGGAGAAAAGAUAAUGCUUGCUAUCAUUACGAGGAUGACACUCACACAGGUGUCCACGUGGUUCGCAAACGCACGCCGGCGUCUAAAGAAGGAGAACAAGGUGACGUGGGGCCGCAGCGCCGAGGACCGUGACGGGCGCAUCUUCAGCAGCGACAACGAGGACGAGCAAGGCAAGAACGGCAGCGACGACGACGAAGACGAGGAGAUCGACUUGGAAACGGUCGAUAUUGAAAGACCGGAGGAGCCGCGCGCCGCAGCGGAGCAGGGCUGCAGGAAGGGGGAGAGGGAGGCGGACGUGCCUGGUCGAGAGGCCUCGACGGAGCCUCGGAGUUCAGAGAGCACCAGGAGUCUUUCAGUGGACGCGUCUAUUUCUCUCAAUAAAACCCAGCCUGUUGUCAAACUCGUGGAUCGCUCCCCCAGCAGACAGGAGUGCCAGAGAGCACCGCAGAGUAAACCCAAAAUCUGGUCCCUGGCUGAGACCGCCACGGCACCGGACAGCUCACACAAACCUUCCCACGCCGCACUUGCGCACCACCCGGCUUUGGCUUCCGCCGGACACCCGGCGCUGCUCCCGGGUCAUGGGAUAUAUACGUGCCAGAUCGGCAAACUGCACAACUGGGCCAACACGGCUUUUCUCAACGCCAACUCGCUCUUGAACAUGAGGUCGCUCCUCGGAGGAGCGCAGGCCGGGCACCUGCCCCUGCGCGGCUGCGCGCCCCCCGCGCGUCACGACGCAAGAACUUCGGGGACGGAGGACGACAGUGACGGAGACUCGUCCGGAAGCUUUAGUCCAAAAAGAGACGAUGAAGACAGUGACCACAGAGCGGAUUCACUCAAGUCUCCAUUCCAGCUCAUCACUGACAGACCUCACCAUGGCACAGGAACACAACGAGCUCUCACAUCAACAUUAUGA